AUGGGGAAGCCGAUGUGGUAUCUGCCACGAAAGUUCAUUUCCCCCUUCGCAUUCAGGUUUCUGCUCGCCAUCGAGUUACCGUUUACCGUUGCUGUGCUUGCUCUGUUUGGAAUCGCUUCUCCGAAUCUAUAUCGAAAGAGGCUGUGGCAAGAUGGCGCAGACAACGGUUUCAAUAGCUCGCCGGAUGAAUUGAUAUACAAAUUUGCAAACUACGAGCCGUACACGGUGCCUAGGCCGUGGAGCCCAUUUAUCACAAAUUUCAAUCUUAUCAUUUCCGUGUUGAGCAUGUUCUUCCUCUUGGUUAAGACGCCAAUGUUUGUUUUGAAUGUCUUUUACCCACCUCUCUCUGUCGUGAUCCAUACCAUUUUGCUGGUGCUUUACUGCGUCUCGGCAGCAUGGCAGGGUGGAAGCGACAUGUCGGAUCCAAAACAUCCCCAACCGGGUGCUCCGUGGUAUAUCACGAAAAACUGCAAGGUCGCCGCCCGUCCUAGCAAUAUUGGAUACUGCAAGCAAGCAAAGUCGGGGUUUGCGUGCACCAUCAUCAUGAUCACAAUUUUCACCGCUCAAUUAAUUCUUGCCAUAAUAUCUUGCCUCCCGACAGAUGAGAUCCGUGAAAGGAAACGCCAGGAACUCGAAGAGCAAAAGACUCUUGAAGAGCUCAAAUCCCUUAAGUCACCUUGCUACCCGAACUUUGUCCAGGGCGAGAAUGGCCUGCAGCCAAUCACUCCGCGCACGAUGGCCUUCAAUAAGCUUAGUGGCGGACAUGAUCUCCCGUUGCGGUCGCAGCCGGUUGAUUCUUCAGCGGCCAGCACGGACGCUAGAACACCUGCCCAGCAGCCUACCCCUACAAUGUACUUCCCACCACCACCAAAAAAGCCCACUGGAAAGGGGAAGACCUGA